AUGGAUGACAUCGAGACAUACUUAUUUAAUUUCAAAGGAUAUUACUUUGAGCGUUCCCUGAUUGAUAUUGACGUACUAGAAAAUCUAGAAGAUUUUGAAAUUAGAGAUGACGAUGUCUUCAUAAUCACAUAUCCAAAAUCUGGUACAAUCUGGACUCAGCAGAUAUUAAGUCUGAUUUAUUUUGAGGAACAUCGUAACAGAACUGAUAAUGUGGACACAAUGGAUAGAGCUCCUUUCCUUGAGUAUAAUAUACGAAAAAUGGACUACUACACUCGCCCGUCUCCUCGUCUCUUUAGUUCUCACAUCCCGUAUUAUUUGGCUCCAAAAGGUCUUAAGAACAAAAAACCUAAAAUUAUUUACAUCUACAGAAACCCUAAGGAUGUUUUGAUCUCGUAUUUUCAUUUUACAAAGCUUAUGGCUGUUUUAGAAGAUGUUCAUAGCAUAGAACAAUUCAUGAGAAGAUUUCUAGAUGGAAAAGUUGUAGGAAGUCUUUGGUUUGAUCACAUCAGAGGUUGGUAUGAGCACAGACAUAAUUUCAAUAUUUUGUUCAUGAUGUAUGAAGAGAUGAAGAAGGAUCUCAGAAGUUCUGUGCUUAAAAUCUGCAAUUUUCUUGAGAAAGAACUGAGUGAGGAAACUUUGGAUGCUGUUGUCAGACAGGCUACUUUUAAGAACAUGAAGUCUGAUACUAAAGCAAAUUAUGAGCAAAUCAUAAAAGAGGAAAUUGGGACAAGAACAGAUCAGGGGAGCUUCUUACGCAAAGGUACAAUAGGAGACUGGAAAAAUCACAUGACGGUGGAUCAAAGUGAAAGAUUUGACAGGAUCUUUCAAAGGAAGAUGAAAGACUGCCCCUUGAAGUUCAUCUGGGAUAUAAAUGAGGAGUAG